AUGGCGAUGAUGAUGACUGGCCGUGUGCUGCUGGUGUGUGCUCUCUGCGUGCUGUGGUGCGGUGCCGGCGGUGGUGCGGCCGAGGAACCUGGAGGAGUGGCAGAGCCCGAUGUGGUGCCACUUGGUUCUACUCAGCAACAAAUAACAGGUGGCAGUCAACGAGAAGAUAAAGGUGCCAAAGAAGAACAAGGACAGGGAAGGGAUACAAACAAUGGAGAUGAACAACCAAUAAAAAAAGAAGAAGCAGAUGAACAACAAAGCCAAGAACAAAUCCAAACACAACAAGACGCUCAAGCACUAAAAGGAAAUGCAACACCCCAGCCCGCAGGAAAAUCAUCGGAAGAAGGCGAAAUUGAUGACGAUUCGGACGUUCAAAAUGAAAUAAAAGUUUUGGAUGAUGGGAAACGAAACGAAGAAAGGGUUCAGAGCCAAGAAGAAGUUGCACGUGACGAAGACGCUUCGACAGUGAAUUUAAAUGACAGCCAGCAGGAAACAUCAGGAGGCAUACGUACAGGAGACCUUCGGGGAAAAAGCCGACAAGAAGGUGAAAAAGAAGGGGAUGAUGGGGGGAAAAAAGAACGGGAAAAACACCAAGAAGAGAACAAACGAAAACCACAAGAACAAAAUGAAAUGCUGCAGCAAAAGCAACAACAAAAACAACAACAGGAUCAAGGAAGAGAACAUUCAGAAUACAAUCAAAAAGAAUCCACAAAAGAUAAAAAUGGUGUUGGUACAAAUCAAACCGCAAUUACACACAACAGCGACAGCAGCACCGCGGCAACCGCGGCCCUGCGGUCUGAUGCUGGCAAAGAAGACACUCCAACCACCAAUCAUCCGAACCGACCCUCCACUGAAGGCGCCACACCACCCGAAAAGACUUCCGAUGGUGAAGCUGCAUCAGCCAACAAAUACGACACGGUCCCUCAGAGUGCAGGAUCCACAACAGCGCCAACCACAAACGCCAAAGUAGGUGAUACGGCGAAGCCUGUCGACAAUGACGGCAGCAGCGCGUUCUCCCACACCACCUCCCCUCUUUUGCUUCUUCUUUUUGUUGUUGCGUGUGCGGCUGCUGCUGCGGUGGUGGCCGCGUGA